AUGGAUAGCAAUACGUGCAACUAUCACAGGGGCGUUAACCAAACAAUCGCACAGGGCUAUGUCAGUAACGAAAAUGUGCGCAGCGUUGGCAGCUAUGGUAGUAUACAGGGGGAGUACAACGCGAACCUCACCUCCAGUUUUUAUCAGCCAGCAUCGGGCUUGAGCUCGAUCAACAGUGUGAGUAGUACCGGCCAAGUGAACCCUACAAGUAACUACCCCCUCUGUGAGCAUCUCCUAAAUUCAUAUGCAUGUCUUGAGCCUACGGUUAACAAAGUCGUGUCCACCUCUCACAUGAACACGCUCAACAAUGGCAUGGCUCCUUACAUCGGAAACGUAAAUAAAGGAAAUAAUUUCAACAACCCACGUGACUUUUUGAGGGAUUAUUUGUCUAAAGGGUUGACUCAGAGUUAUGACUGGAAUGGGACGAGUGGGUUGUGUGUGCAGUGUGCUUGUUUGGGGCGCAAUGCAGACAGUGAGGGAGGCACCCAGGAUGCGGGCCUGUUAAACAAGGUGUCCGGGCCAUUCCUGGGGUACGGCGUUUACUCGUCGAACGGAGGCACCCAUCCCAGCGCAAGCUCGAGUCGUGCCUUUAUUAAUAACAGCUCAGUAAGCCAUCCUCCAGAAAGCGCUAACGUAAAUUUCAACGCAAAGGAAAAUUUAACAUUUAAUGCAGGCAGCAAUUAUGGAAAUGCCAUAGCACAGAGGUUGAACUACGACCCACGCGAGGGUGUGAGCGGAGCUUUCCGCCAGCCACUUGGAGAACGCAUCACGAGCGCAGGUAGCCAGGUUACCAACCCUGGGGGAAUAGCUGCAAGCACAGUGAGUCAACCUAGCAACCCCCUAUCAACACACCUCCUCGAUGUAAAUGUGAAUGCCUUUCAGCAUGUAAGUGAACGUGUGAGGUCAAAUGGGGAAAGCACCACUCAUCCGUCCAAUGCACCUCACAACGCCUACGAUUAUAUAACCCUAAAUCAGGUGCGCACCAGACCGUGCACAGCCCCAUUCAAUUAUCCAACCCUACAUGGGUGUACGUUAAGUUGCUUCAAUUCCAGCACUAGAAACAGCGUAACAGAAUUAAAUAUGAAGGCGUCUGGGGGUGCGAGGAAUACGACCAGUGGGUCGUUCGCCUCCGAUGGAAAUCCCUUUCAGUCCUCUGCCACUGGCCUCUCAGGGGGGGAAAACCUGGACUCAGAUGCUUCUUUAACCACUAAUCGGAUGAGCACGGCCAUGCCUACCAUAAGUAUAUUUUCGCCACACCCCAGUGGGACCACACGGACUACUUGUCUUACGGCACCGGGUAUGUGCAUGGGUGCGCCCAUCCCAUGUGUUGCCUCGCCCAACGUACAAAUGAAUAACGUAACACCGGGGAGGGGAGGACUAAACCUGAAACGUAUGGGCACCUACCCAGAAGCAUCACGCCCCCUUGGCGAUAUCGACACGAACAAUAUUAUGUACAAGAACGAGGUGAACCAGGGAAACUUCAUUAACGAUGCAAAUGCGUACAGCUGUUUAAGAGUUAACAAUGAGAUCGUGCGAACCACCUUAGGAAGCGCCAUGGGCAUGGGGCAAACGGGGAGGAACAGCCACUGCUACGUUAGGGGGAAUACUAACGAGUCGGUAGGUAGGCACGCUGGUCGGAACAGGCACAUGGUGUACCCUCCAAGUGUGCCCACAACAGGAGGUGUAUGCAGAAGGAACCAAUAUAAAGAAGCAUAUGGAGGGGGGCCUCCUCUGGACAGGGAUUUUUCGUAUGCACAAAAUCGCAAGUCUUACACUCAGGCGAGCGAAGCGACAGAGUCAGGAUGCUACAAAGAAGACAACAUGAUUGGUCGGACCCAUCGGCCCAUGCAUAGGCACACCCACUUGAGGGAACACAAGAUACAACAUAAGAGAAGCUACGAUUCGUUUGCCCACACUACUAAUGGGGCGCGUGAACAAAAACGCUUCAGCAGUUUCCAUUAUGCGCCAAAUGUGAAACGCAUAAGCUCGCACCUCAGCUCCAGAGGGAGGAACACACGUCGGAGAAGCGCUUCAUCCGCAGGGGACGACAGCGACAGUGACAGUUGCAGCGACGCAUCGGGUGACGGCCAAGUGAGGAGGAGUUACAAAGAGGGUAGGGAAAACGGCAGAAGAGGACGCAGAAAAAGGGAGAGGAAAAGAGAAAACAACUCGAGUGACACUGCAUCGUCGGGUUUUUCAAUGAGCGACGAUGGAGGAGUGCCUUCCGACUCGUCCUCCUCGUCUUCCUUCUUUACCAGCACCGUGAGUGAUAAAGUGAAAAGCACAAAAAAAAAAAAAAAAAAAAAAAAAAAAAAAAAAAAAAAAAAAAAAAAAAAAAAAAAAAAAAGUGCACAUAAGUGUGCACGUAAGAGUACGAAGGGAAGACUGGCCGUCCCCGAGCAGGGGAAGAGGAAGAGGCCAACAGUCAUCGAAUUUUUGAAUGCCAAGUGGAACAGAAGUUCCUACAAUGAGGAGGACAGGGGUGGAAGCGGAAGUAGAAGUACAAGCGUGGAUGAAGGCGAAAGUUGCAGCCUGAACAGUUCAGAAAAUUUUGUGAAAAAGCGAAAGAAAGAUCCCCCCCGUGGGGAAAAAAAAAAAAGUACGAACAGUAAUUUCGAGGAGGCAUGGAAAGGAGUGGGCGCUUCCCAGCGAAGCGACAUGUUUUCUUCGAAUGCGGAUGAGAAGACGCGCGGCAGUGAGUGCCCUGAGGAUGAUUCUGAUCGCGGGCGACCCCUAUCAUAUUCGGACGAGAGGAUGGCGGCGAGUGGAAUGGUCGGCACUGGUGCAAUCACCCAUGUGAACAGUGAUGACGGUGGUAGUGAUCGUAGCGACGACAGUGGUGGCUUGCGGGAGCUGCACAGGAAGGCGAUAACGAAGCGCACGAGGAAGGGAAAAAAUGAACAGGGCGCCAUUGCAGCACAGAAGAAAGGGGUAGAUGGAGUGAAAGUGAAUAUAAAGGUUGCGCCAAAAGUAAGCGAAGACAAGCGGGGCGACGUGGAUAGCGAAGGGGGGGAAGAGCAUAUGGAAAAUGAGGACGACAACGACAACGACGAUGAGGCGGAGGAGGAAGAAGCAGAAGGCGAUAAGGACCAUGAGGAGAAUGAUGCAUCCCUUAAGGAAGUCCCCAAGGAGGGUGCAGGGCAGAGUCUCACGAGCGAUGAUCAUUCCGCCAACGACGCAAGCACUGGCAGCGAGGACUUGUAUGGAAGCAUGAGCUCCAGUGAUGUAAGUGAACAGGAUGGUUUUCACUCUGUUGAUGGGGCCUCCGGAGAACAGAAUUUCGAGGUCGGCGAGGAGGAAGUGGAGGACAGCGAUAGCGAACGCGGUUGUGCAAGUAGCAACCGUAGCGAUGGUGACGUCGGGGAAGAGCAACAGGAGGAAGGUGCCCCUCCCCACAGAGACACAGAGGUGAAGAAAAAAAACAGUAAAGCAAAGCAAGCGAAUGUAGUCAAGUCAGAACCGAACAUGUCGCAUGAGAAUGAACAGAAAGACGACACGGUGGUAACAGCGAAGGAAGACAUGGCAAAGAGCUCGUCAUCUGCAGGGUGUACAAACGACACGGAAGGAAGUCAGAGCGACACCAAUGACAGCGAAACGACUUCAAACUACGAAUCAGCAGAGGAAAGCUCGGAGUACCUCCUCGAUUGCUCAUCAGACGAUAUCACCAGAACGGAAAGCUCCUGCGAAGGAAGCGGUAACAGCGAGGUGCAUAUAGGGCGAGAGGGAAGUCCAGUUAGGGACGCGAAAUGUAGCGUAGGCAAGGCAGUAAGCAGUGUAAUAGGCAACGACGCAAGUGGUAAUGGGUCUGGUGACGCCAUCCCGGAAAGAGAACCCAACACGUGUGCAUCAUCUCUCCUUCGCGUUUGUAGCAGAGGGGUGAAGAGGGAGGAACGCGUCGUAUACAGAACAGUAAAACACCCCAGCGGAGUAAAGUGCUUCCAAACGAAAUGGCAGCAACCACAGAGCAACUCUUGUGGAGGAACCCACCGAGAGAACAAAGCCUGCAUCAUCAAGCAUAACAAACGGAAAGUGUACACCAAUUUGAAGAGCCUGGAUUAUAUCAGCACCAAUGAAAUGCUCAACGAAAUAAAAAAAAAUAUAAUAAAAAAAAAAUAUAUAAAUAUAUGCGAAUGGAUCAUUUUGUUAUCCUACGUCUUUUGCAAAAAAUCUCGUUACCUAGACUUCAAUAAAAUAUAUUUGUAUAAUGCAAUGAAACGGUUGUCUCCUUUUCUUUUAAAAUUGAACAGAAGGUGUAAUGAUAUUGAAGUAAGAAGUGUCUUCUUUUAUUUGAGUAAAGUGUUUCUUCUAAAUGAUUACUUCAUUUUUAGGGUUAACAUUUUUGUCUUCAAUUGGUUCAUCCUCUAUGUAUAUAAAAUGAAAUUAAAAAAUGUGCAUUUUAUUGAAGACUUAAAUUUGUUAAUAAAUUUUUUGUGUGGAUUUGUGAUUAACAGAAGAUUUUUAAAUUAUUCUCUUCUCUUCCUCAUUAAUGUAGUUGUGCAGAAUGUCAGGGGUAAGUGUCUUUACGUGGGGGAUAACUACCAAUACGUGUGCUCCUUAUACGUGUCUUUAUUCUCCAAGGUUGUUUGCUUGGCUGGGCGGCACAGGGGUGUAUUGAGGCAGUACCGCCGAGGCCGUCUUCUCACUAAGCAGCGGGGGAAGAACGAGGUGCGUAGACGGGGGGAGCCUCCAAAAGGGCACAUGUGCAAACUGGAGUCACUUACAGAUGGGAUGUCUGACCAGAGAGACCCAACGAAUGUGUACACUUGCAAAGAACAAAUCGUUCAACGUGGCGAGCACGCUGGGGCGACAAAAGGAAACUUUACGUUAGAGGCCGCAUCGCUACCCGCUUCGAAACGACAGGACCUCAUCCUCCUGUACGUCCUCUACGUUGCAAAAAACAACUCUUCCAUUUACGUAAAUCUGCUAAAGCAUAUUUUGGACCACACGCUAACAUUUAAGCUUACUUACAAUUUUCACAGAGUGAAAAUAAAGAGCAGGACUUUGUACAAGAAAAUUAUUCGUUGCUUGAAAAAUGUUAAAAAGGUUAUGAACAGGUCAGGCAGAAAGGAGAGGAAGGGGAGAAAGCGGGAGGAAAACAAUCGCACUGGAAGCAAGUGGGACGACCCCGCGAACGUGAAUUACUCAUUCGUGUACCUCCUCAUCGGGGUGCUCAUGGAGUACACAUCCUUUUCCUUCAGUCGAUCCAUAAUGACCUUCUUCAAGAAUGACAAGCUGGCCAGUCUCCACAAACAACUCUUCUCCCACCUCAGAGACUACACAGACGUCACCUUCAAGUACAUGAAGUUUUUUGCCUUGGACCUGAUGAGGGUGUAUGAUAAUAUUUGGUUACGAAAUAUUUUUACAAUUGUUAAGUUGAAAAAAAAAAAAAAAAUGGACGCACUGGAUGGUGCGGAUGGGUGUUUGUCAGUCGUCAGGGCGGGAGACCCAAAUGGGUGGAGGCGCCGACGCACUGUUAGGAGGGAUUUGCUGAGUACACAAGUGAGGGGGGAAGGCGGCCUUCCCACGACCACCAUAACGGCCACGACUACCACCGUGAUUACCAUGCAUUCGGCGUGUAACUCUCGCAGGGAUGAUGGAGGAGGACAAGAAGGAAAGGGCGAAACGCACGUAACUCAACAGGAUGGUCUUAAGCUAAGAAGCGACGUGAUGGACACCUACAAAAUGGAGGAUACCCCCAUGGGGGAAUUGCAAAAUAGACCUCCCUGUAAUAAAAACGAGGACCCCUCCCACGAAGGAAAUGAUGAGUCCGUACCGUUGGACAGCCUCACGAACGGAGAGGCAAAACCGAUGGGGAAGGCAAAACUGAUGAGGAAGGAAUGCAUGGAACAUUGCGAUGUGGUCUCUUCCAAAAGAGAACCCACAAAUGGAUUACAAAAGAAUGCUAAACGAAACCACUACGCGAAUGAAAGUUUCGUGGAUGCCACUCUCUUCAUGCUGUGCAGGUGUCUCCAGUUGUUCAAGGGGUGUGCCACACUUAGCACCCUGUUCGAUGUGUUGUUUCUUUCCUUCAUACAUAAAGUUGAUACAGACAGGCUGAAGCGUUUUCUGGUUGAAAUGUACACCACAGAUGAGGAACUGAGCGGGUUGGUUACGAAAAUAAUUUUUAGGAGUGACAUGCGAGAGGAAUGUUUCCGUAGCAUCUCUUUUGUGAAUUAUUUUUUGGCUAGACGGGAGCCGCUGGAUCUUAUGCAUCUCGAUUUGGGUGGCUUGCAGAUCGGCUUGCCUGACGUGUGCGCAUUUUAUCUCAGGGGGUUGCUGAGGUGUGGCGCCAAAAGGGGGAGAAGUAAUGACAGCGCUCGACUCAGUCACGCCGAUUGGAGCAAUCACACCGGUGGGCAGCGCCCACCCCUUGCGGAUUCACUUUGCGAACAGACAAAGUACCUAAACGCGCAACUGCAUGUGAAGCCCUGCCCCUGCAUGUUCCUCAUGUAUGUCCUUUUCUUUUCGAAGAUAUUUCAAAAUUUUAAAAUGUACUUUAUGCACUUUACGAGAUUCUCCUAUUCGCUUCAAAGGAGAGUCAUGACACAGCAGGAGAGUACCAACAGGGUGGUUGCACGUGGACACGCGUCUACAUAUAUGCAGUGGGGAUCGCCACAGGAGGAGAAGCAACAUGAUUAUCGUUGUUACUACUGUGAGAAGGGUGCCUUGUCGGACGGCGCGCCCGCAGAGGGAGCAGCGAUUUCGAAGUGGGAGAAAGUCAAAUGGACCGGACACGCGCAACACGUGAUGGACAAGUAUCACUUGAUCAUAGGUGAAGAUGGCAUAAAUGUGCCCCCUGGUAAGAGGAUGAAGAAGUGCUCAUCGCCCCGCUGCGCCAGAACGAACCAGAAGGAAAAUGCUGUGAUGCCGACAAAGUUGGAAAGUGUAAAAAUACGAGAAAAUAAUUCAAUAGGAAAUAAUGACCCCCUGUUUAGUGAAAGAACAGCCCAGCAUAUUCUCACCGUCCUGUAUGAGCAGAGAAAGAUGCGCGAUGUUCAGUUGGGUAGUGUGUUCGCCACAAUUGACGGGCGCAUAUUCGAUGGGUGCUCAUGUGAUAGACGCUUGGCGGGAGGAAGCACAAAGCAGAAGAUACGAGACAGGAGAAAAAUCCCGUGUGAGACACAGGAACGUAUGCGAGAACGGUAUGGAAAGAUCCUAAGUGGCGUCCUCAAGUGGAACAAAAAAAACAUUGCCUAUAACAAAAGGAAGAAGGAGGAGGGAGAGCAAAAAGGAACACUUAAAAGGAGAAGAAACAAGUACACAAAUAUAAUCCUCGAUGUGUACCCCUUAAUUUUUCUCUCCCUGGCAAAACUACUUAACGCCACUAUAACCAUUAAUGAUGAUGUGAAGGACAAGUGCUUUGAUGUUAAGAAUGAGGAAUUUCCAGUCCAGCUGCACAUUUCUUUAGAGUUAAAUAAAAAUGAAGAGGCGCUAAAAAUUCACCAACAGGAAAUGAAAUAUGUCGAGAGGUCCAAGUGGCAGUACUCCUUUGUCAGGCGGUGUCCAUGUAGUGGUUCGGUCACAUGUGGUGUAAUCGCACCGCCUUAUUAUCGCUCCGCACAUGCAAGCAACCGCCGCUCACGGCCACGUCGCCUCGAAAAAAAAAACUGCAACCUGAACCUAGCAAUAAAACUCUUGUACAGAGAAAUCAAAACCGAUUUUUACAUUUGGAGUGAAUACCAUGAUGAAAAAUUGCACAUGUACAGGACGCUGCUGAUCAUGUUGGUGUUGAAAUAUUUGUCUGGUGGCCUCAACUUAUGUUCCUUUGGAAAAAGGUUUGUUCUUUUUUUUACUCAAAGAUUGUUUCGCUUGCUAUGCUUCCGAGUCAUGUGUUUGUUUGUAUCAGAUGUGCAUCUGAGCAAGCUGACUAGCGAGGUGCUCGUAGUAGACGACACCUUCCUCGUGAAGAGCUACAAGGUAAAGCGGCAAAAGGACAGGCGUCGCUUCAAGGAGGGCCUCCAAGUUGGAGCAUAUGUGUCACCACCCCGGAGCCGACACUUCCAGAACAAGUCCUACAACAGGUAUAAGCGGUACGCAGACAAUUUUCUCUUCAACCUUCAUUUCGUGAGUGACGUGGAGGCAGGUGAGAAGAAGAGACCCCCGAAGAGACGCACCGUGUACAAGCCAUUUGUUCCAUUCGGAAGUCUCGUGAUGACCAAGAGCGAGAUACUAAAGCUAAAGUUACAGAAGAAAGAAGAUAUAAAAAAAGAUAAUGUAUACAUAAAUAAAUGCAUUUUGAAGGGAAAGUUUAAAAGUAAGAACAGAGGAGGACCAGAAAUGGGAAAUCAAGUGACAAGUGAGGAAAAGAACUCUGUCCAACUGUCUGUCUUAUCCAUUAUUCUCCUGAUGAAUGCUCUUCGCACGAAUAGCAACUACUCCAGCAGUAUCAGUUUUUAUUUAAGUUUGUUAGUGGACAAAUUUCUAGAAAAAAAAAAAUACAUACAUGUGGAUGAUCAGUAUCUUGUGCAUAGCUACCUGGUGAAUCUACAGAACCCAUUACAAAUGAAUUGCAAAAAGGAGCUCUUAUCCAUGAGUGACAAAAAUACCUGGAUAAAAAGGAAGUUUGAACAAAUUAACAGUGGUUAUAAAUUUUUUAUAUCUUCCAGCAAGUUCCCUUUGGUCGAAUCCAUUUUUUACGAAUCCCUAAAGGCCUACUUAACCUUUCUUCACAAAAAUGCUUUAGGAGCUUUCGUUUGUAAAAUGUCCACAUUUAACAGCAUCUAUGCAGCCAUGAACAAUAAUUUUCAUUUCGCAAUUAAAAUUAACCACCUGUUAUGCUGCAAACUGAACACCUUACUCGUUCAGGAGUACUUGAAUAUGCGUUUAAAUAAAUCGCUUUCUAGCGUUACCGCCAUUUUGUCUGCUUGUAAAUUUCUCUUCAUUUCCAUGUUGGAUGAAAAUGAAAAUUGUGAUUUGAUGGUACCUCUUUCGGGGGGUCACACUCGGUAUGGGCAAAGCACACGGGUGGAGCAAGUGCUCGAAAUGGGCCACACGGAAAAGAUACGCCGAGUGUGUUUUCCCGCCGGGGAGGAUGUACCAAUGCGAGACACCCCGCACAUGCUCAUUGGUCAGGAGAAAGACGAACGCCAAGGACUCAAACGGGGUGAUGCGUAUCACAUGAGAGAAGUUCAAAAUAGGCCAAGUGAUGAUGGUUCGCAUGGGCAGGGGGCAAACAUACAAAACGUGACAAGCGUGGCAAAGGCCACGAGUGACCACCAGAUUGACGCCCCGCACAAGUACAACCCGAAUGAGAACAGGUCUGGGCGACUCGUCGUUGGAAACUGCGCAAGGGAUUAUGCAAAUACCGCCGCGUUAACAUUGCAGAGGGGAGAAGUGGGGAAGCCAGCCGGGAACAACAGUGACAUGGGAUGGACUAACCGGGAGGAGCAAAUCACCCCACAGUGGUGCAAUCCUUACCGCGCCUCCCACAUAACAAUCGAGCGCUGCACCAAGUAUCGAAUUGAGCAUUACCAUAAGGAUGAAGGAACAAGCGUCCUCAUAAAAAAAAAAGCACCCAUCUACAUGAAGCCAAACGACGUCAACAAGCUCAUCACUUCCUUCGAACUCAUGAACAGAACAAUGCUGGACUGCACUCAUUUCAUUUACGAGUUGUACUUUGCUCAUGAGAGGGAUGGCUUUCCACAGGAGGAGAAAGAGAAACGAAAUAAACACAUUUACACAUGGUUUGAAAGUUGCUUAAAUGUACUCACCUUCCAAAAAUGGGUCGUCCAUCAGCUUUAUAACAAAUUUGAUAAUGCUUCCUGCAUUUACACAUUGAAGAAGAAAAAAAUAUUUGCUACCCACGUGGUUAGAAUAAAUUCAAACAUCCUCAGCGACAUUACUAAGAUGCAAAAUUACUUUGAGGAUCGUUUUGAUCAUGUGAAGAAGGCUUGUCAUUCGAAUCGGGCAGCCAAACAUGAAGAAGAGGGUGAAGCGAUAUGCACACAAGAUGGCGCAUCUAAGUUAGAUGCAAUGAGGGAAGCAAAUUGUGCACAUGUGCCUGAACAACUUCGUGGCAGCCAAGAGGACCUACUCAAACCUGACGACCUCAUUGAAGACUAUGAUGAGUUAAACUCUUUCAUUGACUUUGGGGGGGAUAUGUCGUCCGGCAUGCUGCUACAGGGAACGAAUGCGCGAGCUCUGCAAGGCACAGUUGGAGAGGAUAUUCAACGACUGAAUGAGUACAAGGUAGACGAAGGCUGGCUCACCUACAUCCGAUCAUUGAUUUGA